AUGGGUAAUGAGAAAGAAGAUGGUUUAUACCAGUUUUUUAUGGCAAUGUACAAUGAUACUAAGAAUAUGUCAAAAAUAUCUCAAUUGCGAAUUAGAAGGAAAAUUUUUGAGGCUGUCCAGCUUGAAGAUGAAACAAAUUUGGCGUUGAAUUUUUCCCAAACAAGUAGCGCGUCAUUGCACCCACCACAACAUUGUAUAGGAUUACCAUUACCUAGCCCUUCAUCACAUGGUAGUUCCACAUACGAACAAUUGCCAACAGCGAAGUCACCACCACAACUAAAUUACGAACCACUUCGACCAACUUCAGAGCAAUCUUAUGCCAUACAAGCAACUUCCAAAGAAGUAUUUUUUCCGAAGUACUUUGGAAAUUUUAGAUAUAAUCAAAAUAGUUAA